AUGGCGGAAAUGCUUGCAGUAUUGAAGGAGAAGUACGGGUUCUCGGCCAAACUAGGUCAGCUUCAAAGGCAACUGAAGUCUUGGAGUUCUCUCGCAGCUGCAACCAACGCUUCGCCUGGUACAGUGCAGCACACCACGAGUCAGCCAGGAGCGCAACCCACAAGGCGCAAGCGAGGUCCUCCUUCUAUAAAUGUAGGCGGUCGCAGCCAACGCAGCCCAUCCCCUGUACGGCUCGCUGACCAGCCACAACAUAUCCUCUAUCCAUGCAACACAGCAAAUCCUAAAGACGCUGCCAAAUCCCCUGGAGUGCAGCUGCACGGGUUGGCAUCCGCUGCAUCAUCUUCAGCUGUCACUUCCACUGCCCAACACCGACCCUUCGACGAAGAUGGCCCAUCGUCGCAGGCAGACCUGACGGGUCACACAGAAGUAUGUCGAAUGACCACCUCUACAGACUCUGGUCCUUCAGGGAAGUCAGAGAGCAAUGCUCAGGUGCACGAGUUUCAGUGCUCUAUUGAGCGUCAAUAUCUGAAGGAUUUCUUGCAGUAUAUACGUGGGUUGAUGCGUGAUCUUGAAAUCAUCCGAGAUCUAGAGCCGCACACAACCACGACCACUAAUAGCGAUAACAACGAUGACGCUGACAAGAAUAUGCUGCAGCAAGACCGGAGACGCAACUUUGCUGAGGCGGAGCAUUCCAAGCCCGCUGCUGGAUCUGCUCAUAAGACCAACAGCACCAAGCAGCGUUCUGACAACCCCUGGCCACCGGCGACAAUUCUAGCACAUCCCACAAGUCCUUACGAUCGGGUGAACCGGCAACAAUGGAGGUGCGCCUCGCCAACUUUGUUCUCCAUCGCUCCCUCAUCCAUCAGCGGAAUGAGCACAGUGAAGUCCACCGCGCGCCGUGCAAAACGUUGCUGCUCAGUCGAAAUUGGUCGAGACAAGGAGAACAAGGCGACCGCCUCUUUAUCAUCUGCUUUUACGAAUAGACGGCACUCAAUGUCCCCGUCGAAUUUCAAAGACGUCACCGGCAUGUCUUCUUGUCCGAGCGAUGACAACCCAAAUGUGGAUGACGUAGACCUCUGUGGUGACGGUGCCAUGAUGGAGGAGGGCUGCUUGGGGGUUCGAUAA